UAAUUUGAAACUCAUGGUCGCAUUCCAAGUUUGUUUUGUUGUGCCGGUAUGGAAAAGUGGAAAGGCAGUGGCGGAGCGCCGCGGGAGCGCCCCAAGUAUGGCGAGACGGUGCCAUCGUCCCCCUCCAGAGAGGGCCAAGCGUUCGUUUUCGAGAAAAAACCGGACAAGUUGCUGUACCAGAGCUCGCAAGACGACGAAGAGCCGUAUUUCACGCGCCCCGUGACGGCCGAUUUCGACCACCAGAGACCGCGAGCUAACACUGUGUCAGAGGGUACUAAAGUCAACACCAGUGACAAGACACCGACGGUUUUCCGAUGGGAAGGCGGGGGUAAGGACGUCUACGUCAGUGGGACUUUUACGGAGUGGAAAACUAUUCCUAUGGUGAAAAGCCACGGCGAUUUCGUAACUAUCAUCGACUUGCCAGAAGGGGAACACCAGUACAAGUUCUACGUUGAUGGGGAGUGGAAGAACGACCCUGGGAAUAAAAUGGUGGAGGACGAAAGCGGUGUCAAAAAUAAUCUUAUUACGGUGAAAAAGUCCGACUUUGAGGUGUUUCAAGCCCUGGAUAAGGACAGCGAAAAUGCCAAUAAUGACUCGCAGAAGGAGUUCUCGCAGGAAAUACCGGCCAAUAAGCCAUGGGAGAAGGUCACAGGGCCCCCCAUAUUGCCCCCGCACUUACUGCAAGUUAUUCUGAAUAAGGACACGCCACUUUCGUGUGAACCAACUCUCUUACCUGAACCCAACCACGUAAUGCUAAACCACCUUUACGCCUUAUCCAUCAAGGAUGGAGUCAUGGUACUUAGCGCCACUCAUAGAUACCGCAAGAAAUACGUUACUACUCUUUUAUAUAAACCGAUUUAAGCUAUUAUUUAUAUUGUUGUGCAUAAUCCUUUAAUGUUAUUGGGUUUCAUUGCUUUCUUUAACAGCUCCUGGAACAAUGAAAGAAGUUGCUGGUGGGUCACAGAGCUUCAAUGUGGCUCGUUACCAUAGUUACCAAAUUAAAUUAAUGCCUUAAUGUGGGAAACAAAUGAAUGCGAUUUUUUUCAUUGCCUUAAGACAGCUGUGCUAUGUAAAUAAAAGUUGUUUCUAAGUA